GGGGGCGCCAACUAGAUCUCAGGCAAAAAAAAAGUCGGGCACACCGAAUGGGUUUCACGUAGAUCUUGGCCCUUUUAACAUAAUUUCUGUGACGAAGCACCAUUAUUUUUAAAGUGAAGUAUUACCGUGAUCUACCUGUGCGUGAAUUAAUCGCUAUGUAUUAAAUAACCUACCUAAAAUCGAUAUAAAACCGAUUCUUUUUCGUGCAAUAGUGUCAUGAGACUGCUUAUGUAACACAUCUCUCUGAAAAUAACCUUUUGAAUACAUCUAGCGUUUGUUUACCUCACAUAAGGGUAUUAUAAAUCACCAUGUUGCGAAGGUGCUCUAAACAUCUUCAGACCAUAUACCGGAGGCAGGGACAAGUCUACCGGUGCCGGUCUUCCGAGGUGCCCAAGAUCUAUGGAGCGGUACACCAGGCCACGCGGCUAGCCAAGCCCAGGGUCCUCACCGCCCACAACCAAGUGGCGUCGAUUCAUUUCACAAACCCACUCCUCGCAGAACAGGAUGUCAUGACUCCAAGCUUCCCAGACUCCGUCUCCGAAGGUGACGUGAAGCUCGACAAGAAAGUCGGUGACGCUGUAGCCGCUGACGAGGUCGUCUUGGAAAUAGAGACGGACAAAACCGCCAUCCCGGUCAUGGCGCCCGACCAUGGUAUCAUUAAAGAGCUGUACGUAAAGGAUGGAGACACUGUUAAAGCCGGACAGAAGUUGUUCAGGAUUGAGAUUACAGGUGCUGCGCCUAAGAAGGCUGCCGCUCCAGCCCCGGAACCUCCUAAGGCGCAAGCUCCCCCACCACCACCUAAGGUUGAGGCUGCGCCGCCCACACCUCCUCCAGCAGCUGCAGCUCCCCCUCCACCUCCACCUCCUCCACAGGCUCCUCCAGCCCGAGCAGCAGCCCCUUCAGGAGGCCCAAUCUCCUCCAUCCCCGUAGCAGCUAUCCGCCAUGCCCAAGCUAUCGAAACUGCCUCCGUGAAAGUACCCCCUGCGGACUAUAGCAAAGAAAUCGUCGGGACGCGAAGCGAACAGCGCGUGAAAAUGAACCGCAUGAGACAGAGGAUCGCGGAACGUCUGAAACAGGCGCAAGACACGAACGCCCUGUUGACGACAUUCAACGAGGUCGACAUGUCCCACAUUAUGGCAUUCCGCAAGAAGAACCUGGAAGCAUUCACCAAAAAAUUCGGUGUUAAACUUGGUUUAAUGUCGCCGUUCGUCAAAGCAUCAGCGAGCGCCCUCCUCGACCAGCCGGUAGUGAACGCAGUUAUCGAUGGAAACGAAAUAGUUUAUCGCGAUUACGUGGAUAUAUCAGUAGCUGUCGCGACACCGAAGGGCCUAGUCGUGCCUGUUAUAAGGAACGUCCAGACUAUGACGUACGCCGACAUCGAGUUAACCAUUGCUGAAUUAGCAGAUAGAGCGAGAACUGGCAAGCUAACAAUCGAAGAAAUGGAUGGCGGUACAUUCACCAUCAGCAACGGUGGAGUGUUUGGUUCCCUGAUGGGCACACCUAUUGUGAACCCGCCCCAAUCAGCCAUCCUGGGGAUGCACGGUAUCUUCGAGCGGCCGGUAGCUCUUAACGGCCAGGUUGUGAUCCGACCAAUGAUGUACAUAGCCCUGACAUACGACCACAGGUUGAUCGAUGGACGUGAAGCAGUCCUCUUCUUGAGGAAAAUCAAGCAAGGCGUUGAAGAUCCCGCGUCGAUUAUAGCUGGCCUUUAAAUUUAAACGCAGAACCCAGCUAUGGUCAUACCUUAGAUGCACACCCAGCAACAGGACAGUAUGCUUGAAUCAACGUCAGAUGAACAUAAUUUUGAACACAAACUAGAUUAAGUAACAUAUAUUUUAAACUUACAGAGCGCAUUUCGAAACUGCGCUAUAAUUUGCAACAUAAUUGUGUGUCUAUGGUUUUUUGUUACCAGUAUAAGAGAUCGACUACUGGCGCGAUCGAUGAGGGUAGUUUGAUAAAAUCGUGUAAAUCUAGUUGCCUCAACAAAUCGUUGCGUUCACGUUUGUAUUUAUUUAUACGUCCGUCUGCGUAUUGUAUUAUUUAUCAUGUAAUAAGUUAUAAUAAAGUACAUUACGAACCUA